GCAACCGUGUUUUACUCGAAUAUUUAAGAAUCUCUCUUGAAUCUCGCGGCAAAUUUCUCGAAAAUUUUUUGCAUGUAAAUUAGUCAUAAAGUGAAAAAAAUGCCAAAAGACAUUGAUUACUGUGGUCCCUAUUCUAGAGGUUUAACACUUCCAGACCUGGAUCAACCCCCGCACUUCUGGGCCCGAGUGAAGCAAAAAUGGCCAAGAUGGAACGGUGGUCAUCAGUUGCUUCCAACAACAGACAGUCCAACUAUCUCGGCCUGUACAACUUCAACAAAUUUGUCGGAAUUACAAUCCAGUUCUACACUCAAUCAACAAAUUUAUUUUGGGAACUUAAGAAGAGCGGUACCUGAAAUUGAACCCCUGCAACCUAAGAAUUUCGACAUGACAAUAAAUGCAACAGAACAGGAAUUUGAAAAUUCCAAUGAGUCUCUCUCUAGACCAAAUAAUGGCAAGUCGAUCGAAAACGGAGCGCUAUAUCGUCAAGUUGUUGCAGCAGUUGCCGUCUCAUGGGUGUCCAUGGUGAUUGGAUACGUCUCCGGUUAUACUUCGCCAGCUGGUAUUUCUCUAAAAGCGGAUCUCCAAAUUACAGACUUACAGUUUUCAUGGAUCUCAGGACUGAUGCCAUUAGCUGCUCUCUUUGGCGGGCUGUUAGGAGGGCCCUUAAUUGAAGGUUUAGGAAGAAAAUGGACUCUUUUGUUGACCAACGUUUUAUUCCUAGUUAGUUGGAUAAUAAAUUAUUUUGCUCAAGAAUACUGGUACUUAUACAUCAGUAGAAGUAUCUCCGGCUGCGGUGUAGGAAUAGCUUCUUUGACACUUCCAGUUUAUUUGGGAGAAACACUUCAACCUGAAGUACGUGGCACUUUAGGCUUGUUGCCCACAGCUUUCGGGAAUAUUGGAAUUUUAUUAUGUUUUUCGAUGGGAAUCGUUUUACAAUGGAAAGGAAUUGCUGGAAUCGGAGCCUUAUUAGCAGUGCCUUUCCUUUUUGUAAUUUGGUUCAUACCAGAAACGCCUAGAUGGUAUAUUUCGAAGAAUAAAACUGACCAGUCACGCAAGGCAUUAGAAUGGUUGCGAGGAAAAAAUAAUCGAGACACCAUUGACAAGGAGUUUGAAGAGUUGCUUCAGUCUCAAAAAGUUUCUGACGAGAAAUCCGACAAACUCAAAGACUUGUUUACCAAACCUUACGUAAAAUCUUUACUCAUUGUUCUUGGAUUGAUGUUCUACCAACAGUUUAGUGGAAUCAACGCUGUUAUUUUCUACACGACCCAAAUUUUUGAAGAUACCGGUUCAGACAUCGAUUCCAGCAUCCAAACCAUAAUUGUUGGAGCCGUUAAUUUUGCAUCUACAUUCAUCGCAACUAUUCUCAUCGACAGACUCGGAAGAAAAGUCCUUUUGUACAUCUCCAGUGUUACCAUGAUCAUAACUUUAGCAGCAUUGGGUGCUUACUUCUAUUUAAUGACUGUGCCAGAUAUUGACAUUGCGCCAUACAGUUGGAUACCACUUACAAGUUUCGUCAUUUACGUCUUAGGAUUUUCUUUCGGUUUUGGACCAAUUCCCUGGUUAAUGAUGGGUGAAAUUUUGCCUGCAAAAAUUCGAGGACCUGCAGCGUCUAUAGCCACAGGGUUCAACUGGACUUGUACCUUCGUUGUAACAACGACGUUUCCAAUAUUUAAAGACAUUAUUGGUGCACAUGGUACUUUCUGGCUGUUUUGCGCGGUGUGUGUUCUAGGACUUGUUUUUACAAUUUUCUGGGUACCAGAAACUAAAGGACAAAGUUUAGAAGACAUUGAAAGAAAAUUAGCAGGUGAAAAAGUGCGAAGAAUGAGUUCUGUAGCGAAUAUGAAGCCAUUACAAUCUACAUUUUAGAUUAAAUGACUGAUUUCUUCAUUUUAAUUCUCCUAUAGAUAAUUGUUCUUAAAUUUUUUAUGUAAAUAUAGAUUGAUGUAUAUAAUUUUAAGUUAUUUUUAUAAGUAAAUAAAUUAUUAUUAUGUUUUAUA